AUGCGGCCCCUGUGGCUCUGCUGGGCCCUCUGGGCGCUGCCCCUGGCCAGCCCUGGGGCGGCCCUGACUGAGGAGCGGAUCCUGGACAGCCUGCUGCAGCAGCUGCACCUCAGCGAGGUCCCCAUCGUAGACAAGGCCGCCGUGGAGGGGCUGGUCAUCCCCGCCCACGUGAGGGCCCAAUACGUGGCCCUGCUGCAGCGUGGCCACGGGGCGCGCUCCAGGGGGAAGAGGUUCAGCCAGAACUUCCGAGAGGUGGUCGGCAGGUUCCUGGCAUCCGAGGCGUCCUCGCAUUUGCUGGUGUUCGACAUGGAGCAGCGGCUGCCGCCCCGCAGCGAGCUGGUGCAGGCCGUGCUGCGCCUCUUCCAGGAGCCGGUCCCCAGGGCCGCGCUCCGCAGACACGAGCGCCUCUUCCCGCGCAGCGACCGCGCCCGGGUCACCGUCCAGUGGCUGCACGUCCGCGACGACGGCUCCAACCGCACCGCCCUCAUCGACUCCAGGCUGGUGUCCAUCCACGAGAGCGGCUGGAAGGCCCUGGACGUGACCGAGGCGGUGAACUUCUGGCAGCAGCUGCGCAGCCCCCGGCAGCCGCUGCUCCUGCAGGUGUUGGUGCAGCGGGAGCACCUGGGCCCGCUGGCCUCCAGCGCCCACAGGCUGGUCCGCUUCGCCCCCCAGGGGCCGUCGAGCGGCCGGCAGGGGGAGCCCCAGCUGGAGCUGCACACCCUGGACCUCAGGGACUACGGAGCUCAGGGAAACUGUGAUCCUAAGGUACCGGUGACCGAGGGCACCCGCUGCUGCCGCCAGGAGAUGUACAUUGACCUGCAGGGGAUGAAGUGGGCUGAGAACUGGGUCCUGGAGCCCCCAGGCUUCCUGACCUAUGAGUGUGUGGGCACCUGCCAGCAGCCCCCAGAGUCCCUGACCUUCAAGUGGCCUUUUCUGGGGCCUCGACAGUGCAUUGCCUCGGAGAUGACCUCGCUGCCCAUGAUUGUCAGCAUCCAGGAGGGAGGCCGACUCCAGCCCCAAGUGGUCAGCCUGCCCAACAUGAGGGUGCAGACAUGCAGCUGUGCCUGGGACGGGGUGCUUGUGCCAAGGAAGUUGGAGCCGUAG